UGCCCAGAUCAGCCCGUGACUCGUAACAGCGUCGGGCCUCAGACCCCGGUGCGGACCCGGACUUUGUCUUUGGGGGCCGGUGCUCUGCCCUUCCUGGUUUCCGGCAAGAUCGCAGAGGAGCCGCCGUGCUACUCUGCUCUCCAGCCUUCCUCACCAUGUCCAAGAUGCCGGCCAAGAAGAAGAGCUGCUUCCAGAUAACCAGUGUCACCACGGCCCAGGUGGCCACUAGCAUCACUGAGGACACUGAGAGCCUGGACGACCCAGACGAGUCACGCACAGAGGACGUCUCCUCCGAGAUAUUCGACGUUUCUCGGGCCACGGAUUACGGGCCCGAGGAAGUCUGCGAGCGCAGCUCCUCCGAAGAGACGCUCAACAAUGUUGGGGAUGCGGAGACCCCUGGGACCGUCUCCCCCAACCUCCUCCUGGACGGGCAGCUGGCGGCCGCGGCGACCGCUCCCGCUAACGGAGGAGGAGCCCUUUCGACCCGGAGCGUGGCUGGGGUGCUGGCCAGUACCCUGGCAUCGGCCGCCACCUCGGCCCACUCUUCGGGGGCCCCCGGCGUGCCCCCUGUCGCAGGCCCCUCCGCCGGGCCGGGGACUGCCGCCCCAUCGCAGCCCCCUACCACUUGUAGCUCCCGUUUUCGCGUGAUCAAGCUGGACCACGGCAGCGGGGAGCCUUACAGACGCGGCCGAUGGACGUGUAUGGAAUACUAUGAGCGGGAUUCCGAUAGCAGUGUCCUGACUCGGUCCGGGGAUUGCAUUAGGCACAGCAAUACUUUUGACCAGACUGCGGAGCGGGACAGCGGCCUGGGCGCCACCGGAGGAUCGGUGGUGGUGGUGGUGGCCUCCAUGCCUGGGGCGCACGGGCCCGACUCGGGAACUGACAGUUCCUUGACUGCUGUGUCACAGCUACCCCCGUCGGAGAAAAUGAGCCAACCCGCCCCGGCCCCGCCGCAGAGUUUUGGCGUUGGGCAGCCGCAGCCGCAGCCGCAGCCGCCGCCCGUAGGUGGGGCUGUCGCUCCAAGCUCGGCUCCGCUGCCGCCGUUCCCGGGAGCCGCUGCCGGGCUGCCGCAGAUGAUGGCAGCCCCGCCGCCCAGCCAGCCCCAGGGCGCUGGGCACGGAACCGUGCCCCUGGGGCCCAACGGACAGGGCCUGCCGCUGACGAAUGUAACCCUGGCGCAGCCCGGCCUGGCCCUGCCUCCGCAGCCCGGCCCGGCGGUCGGCGCUGCUGCCGCGCAGCCGUCCCAGCAGUUCGCAUAUCCUCAGGCUCAUAUUCCGCCGGGCCAUCUGCUGCCCGUGCAGCCCGCCGGCCAAAGUGAGUACCUGCAGCCCCACGUGGCCGGCCUGCAGCCGCCCAGCCCAGCGCAGCCCUCGACAGCGGGCGCCGGAGCGAGCCCCGCCGCGGCGGCCAGCCUCCCGGUGGGCACCGGCCAGAACGCCGCCUCCUCGAGCGUGCAGCUGAUGGGCGCGCCUUCCCUGCCGGGUGAAGCCGUGGCCCCGGGGCCCGGCCCCGUGCAGGGCGCAGGGGCCGCGCCGGGUCUACCGGCCACAGUGCCCCCGGCUGUAGUGGGAGGCGCGGUGCCCUCAGGCCUGGUUCCCUCCGGGCAGCCGCUGCCAGCGCCUCCGCCGCAGAUGGGUGGCAGCGGCACUCCGUCGGCCGCACUUGGAGCCCCUCACGCCGUGGUGCCCGGAGUUCCAAACGUGCCUGCAGCCGCUCCGGCUCCCAGCGUGCCUAGUGUGUCUACCACUUCUGUUACUAUGCCAAAUGUACCGGCGCCCUUGGCCCAGACGCAGCAGCUGAGCAGCCAUCCGCCGGUUAGCAGGAGCGGCAGCAUCAUUCAGCACGUGGGGCUCCCCUUAGCGCCAGGCACCGCCAGUGCGCCGACGAGUCUCCCGCAGUCUGAUCUAAGCCAGUUUCAGACUCAGACCCAGCCUUUGGUCGGGCAAGUUGACGAUACUAGAAGAAAAUCAGAACCCCUACCUCAACCACCACUCUCUCUCAUUGCUGAAAAUAAGCCUGUUGUGAAGCCUCCUGUUGCAGAUGCCCUGGCAAACCCCCUUCAAUUAACACCUAUGAACAGUCUGGCCACCUCUGUAUUCAGCAUAGCUAUUCCUGUUGAUGGUGAUGAAGACAGGAAUCCUUCAACUGCUUUCUACCAAGCGUUCCAUUUGAACACGAUUCAGGAAUCAAAGAACCUCUGGGAUAGUGCAUCUGGGGGAGGUGGUGUAGCCAUUGACAACAAAAUAGAACAAGCAAUGGAUCUGGUGAAAAGCCAUUUGAUGUAUGCAGUAAGAGAAGAAGUGGAAGUUCUAAAGGAACAAAUAAAAGAAUUAGUUGAAAGAAACUCUUUACUUGAACGAGAAAAUGCACUGUUAAAAUCUCUUUCAAACAAUGAUCAAUUAUCCCAACUCCCAGCCCAACAGGCCAAUCCUGGUAGCACUUCUCAACAACAAGCAGUGAUAGCACAGCCUCCGCAGCCAACACAACCUCCACAGCAGCCGAAUGUCUCCUCAGCAUAAAGCUUUCUUGCCUCAUUAAGGAAAAAACUGAAAGCAAUCUAUCCUUGUGUGCCACUGGUGUUCUUUCCACUUUAUACGAAAGCAAGUAGCCAUGCUUCGGUUGUGUGUUUGGCCUUUUCAGUAUUAGACAAUCAUUCUGCAAGAGCUUUUCCUCUCUUUGAGAUGUCAUGCAGUGCUGUUGAUGUCCGGUUUAUGUCAUCAGUACACAAGGAGAAUAAUAGAUGGGAGUGUAUUAGAGCAAAAGCAAAGUUUGCAUUUUACCUGGUGGGCAUGACUGGGGUCUUCUAAGAGCUUUGGUGGCUCUCUCAUGUUUCCUAUUACCCAUGGAUUUACCCUGAGCCUUCCUAUCACUUUAUAAAUAACAGUUCAUCUAAAGAGCCACUUUUCUUUCAAUAUCAGUAACAUUUGCCUACGUAAGUUUUCAUUUAUUUGUGUUUUAUUUAUUACAGGGCUGCUAUUUUCAUAAUGUACAUGAACAAUGUCACAGAACUUUUUUAAUUUUUUUGAAUAAUUAUAAGUAUCAGUAAAGGAAUUGAAAGACAGGAUUGCAUUUAACAGAUAAAACGUUUAGGCAAUAAUUGAACAAAAGAAUCCUGGCAUAUUUCUAACACUAAUGGCAAUUUACUUUCGGUAUUUAUUUUCAGUAGUAAAGACCCAGCUUGAAUGUAAAUUUUGUAUAGUGUAAGUAUGAAGAACAUAGUGCAACUGUACAGGUAGUCACCAGUUAUUGUGAUAUAAUAAAUAAUUGGACUAUUUUGAUGAAGAAAACUUUGUUCAUUUGUUUCUACUUUCUAAUAGAGAAAUUGCCACGAUUCCUCUGCUUUUCGACAUUUCGUAUGACUUUUUUUCGGGUGGGAAUAAAAAGCUGUGAAAUUGUUCAACCUACUUUGUAACCAAAGAAGCAAAGCUGUGUAAUGGAGUUUUUUGUUGUUGUUGGUUUUUUUUUUUGGUUUUUUUUUUUUUAUAAUGCACAUUCUUUAUGUAUUUUUAUUUAGUGUUUUCUCGGUCACAAUUUUCUUUGCUGUCUAGCAUGAUCUGCAUGACCUAUAAUCUUUGAACCACUUUCGUACCUCAUGUUUUUAUCCAGCACUCUUAUUGUAAUAUGUACUAGUCUGUGAACAAUGUCAAAUGAAAAAGAACGAACAGGUAGUAUGGUGGAGCUGAGCUAGUGUACUAUACACUAGUUGUAAAAAAAAAAAAAAAUGAAGUGAGCCAUCUUUUGUUCAUUUAAAAUGGUGUUUUGAAUUUCGUAUGCAGAAAACGUUUUGUUACAUUGCAGAUUUUAAUGUAUUUAAUAAAUGCAACAUGCAGAUUAAGUGCAGUGUAUACUGAGUAUUUAAAUUAAAAUGUACAUUUCAUAAAUACAGUUUCAAGAGAAAGCAUCAUUUUGUGUAUACUAACACAUUAAGUGUAUGUCAGAAAUUGAUGUAUAAAAAUAUAUUUUAACACAUUUUCUGAAAUUAAACUGCAGUUUUGUUGAAAUAUUUGGUCUAUAUGUGUUCAAAAUUGGAUUUGAUUAGAUUUGUAUUUUCACAGUUCAAAAUAUUCCUUAAAUGAAAAAUCUGUUAUUAAUGACUUAAUGAUGGUUCUUAAAUUUACAAAGUAAAAAUAAUUUAAAGAAUGCAAGAAUGGUGAGCAAUAUUUGUACUCAAUAUUCAUAUUAUAUCAAUGCAUUUAAGUAGGAAAUCCUUGUCUACCAAGACUUUUACUUGAAUUCAGAAAGGUGCCUGUAGAAAUUAACAUGCUCUGUAUCUAUAGCCAGCUAGCUAAUCAGGAGUUAAUGAGAAUCAGCAGUUAGCUCUGUGUUGAAAGAAGAUAAGUGUUCUUUAUCUGUUUAAAAUAAAAAAUUAGCCACAAACUAAAAAUCAAGAUGUACAUGGAAUCUCCAGUUAUUUUUAUUCUAGUUGUGCUGCAGGAUACAUUCACUAAAAACAAAAUGUUAACUAACACUAGAAAUAACUAAAGGAACUAAGUACUUAGGCUUGAAGAAGCAACCUGAAGAUGUGGAGCAAGAUUUUAAGUAGAGCCAUGGCUGAUGAGCUAAAAUAUGAAAAUUCCAUGUUGAAAAGUUAACCAAAAGAUCAUGGGAUGUGCCCCUCAAGUGUGAACAGUGCGAUACUUAUUACAGGUGGAGAAAAACUAGUAUUAGAAAAGACUGGGAUUUUUUUGUAAGAAUAUAAAUUUUGAUGUUGGUAGAAAAACAUUAUAAAUGCUAAUGUAAUAGUCACAAAGGGAAUGAUUAAUAUGUUUUAAAUGGUAAUUAGAAGCAAUUGUUACUACUAGUACUUUUUUUUUAAGUCACAAUAGAAAAGAUAGUUCACAUAAGAAAUAAAUGGCAACUUCUAAAGGUUCAGCCUCUAUUAACCUAAGAAAUCCAAAUUAAUAUUUACCAAGUAAUUUUCUUUUAAAUAGCAGGACCUAAUGUAGAAAGGCAAGCUUUUCUGAGUACUUCUAGAAAGGAAGUUGGCAAAAUGUAUAAAAAGCCUUAAAUAUUAAUAAACUUUGCAAUUGAAUGCCAUGAGAAAAUACUUAACUACUCAUGCCAUGUUCAAAAAAUACAAAAUUAGAGUAGUGCCUGUCCUCUGUUCUCCCGUCUCCUUCCCUUUGGACGCAUUCCUUCAUAAAUACCCCCAGAAAUCACUGUGAAAGGAAGCCUGUAAAUCCAAACCUAUUCUCGUGAGUCAUCCCCCCACUCCAAAGUCAGGGACAAACUUAAGGGUGGGAAAGAUUUUCAGCAUCAGGUACUCUAUUUGAAAACAACAUCAAGCAUUCCUCCAGGUGAUUACUUUAGGAUCUUAAGUAAAUUUCAGUUUUACCUCACAUAUUUAGGGUCUCCUGUUAUACAUAGCUGGAAUAUUGAUUGAGAUGCCAGUUUGGGAGCACAGUCUUGUCUGAAUGCAGUCCAUAAUUAUCCUAGUGAAAUGCUCAGAACGAAGUGCCACAUAAGUUUUCUGUUGGAUUAAUUUAGUCAACAAAAAAAUCAUAGAGAAUUUUGUUCCUGACAUGGCAAUGUGUCUACAAUACGAACCUAAUUUUCCCUAAAGAAAAUUCAUUUUAGGUAGCUCCAAUGUGAUUUUGUAGUUUGCUAUACCAUCACCCCAAUAGUGGUGGGGAUUGUGAGAUACUGGAUAUAUGGUUACUUCAAUUCAUAAUUGUAUGUUAAAAUAGCUGGAUAGUUCCAAUUUUAUUUCCAGUGUUCUGAGCUAAGCAUGUAAGUAUAAAGAUAAGAAUUCUUUACCAUCAAGCCCUCAGUGGUGGAGAAAUCAAACCUGCCACUAUCCACAAAGAAUUGUGACAGAUUGGAGAUGAGGGUAUUUCUCCAAGUUCCAAACCCUAGUCACUCCUGGACCCUUAGAGGGGAAAGAAAAAAAAAUAAAUAACCCGGGGGGGGCCAAGCACAGAGUCCUUAAGAUGGAACCAGAAAUAAAAGAUCACCUAACUUUCUGGAAACAAAUUUUUAAGAUGCUCUGAGGACGUGUUUUUUUAAAGGAAGCUUUAUAGCUUCAGGGGCUGGUACUUUGUGACAUGACUCAAUUCUUUUCAAUAAUCCAGACAAAGCCCCGCCCUCACAAUUCAGAGUUUAAUUAGGGAUAUAGACAAACCAAUCGAUACAAUGCAAUAAUAAAGGCUUGUUAUGCACAGUCAAGGAUGGCUUUGUUAGGUACAGUUUCCUCAAAGAGGUGACACCUGAGAAAGUUCACAAAAGUAAAGCAGUGCUCAAGGAUUAAAGAGCAUUAAGCAAGUCUUCUUGGGUAGCCACAGAAGUAUUUCACAGAAGGCAGGCAGAAAGGCAAUGGCUGCCUCAUUCACCUGAGUUGUUUGGUGUCUACACCGAAAGCCAAAUGAUUUAUUGAAUGAUUUUAAGCAACAGGAUUAUAAUCAGAAUUGCAUUUCAGAAAGAUGAGUCAUUACAGUGGCAGAUGUGAGAUAAUUGGGCUGAAACUAAGCUGAGAUAAUUUAGGAGGGACAAUAAUCUGUGAAGAAAUGAUGGAUGGGCAAAAUUACAUAGGCAAUGUUGUAAUGCUCAUGAAGGAAGUUGAUCUUGAGUCUUUCUGUACCAUUUUUCCCUCCAUGAUGAACACUCCAUUCCCAUCAUCCAGUGCCUGUUCUUUCUUGCUCCAAAGAAAGAUCACAGAGCUCCAAGUCUUAGAAAGUUUGAGUAAGACCUUUCCUUCCAACAACCACAUAGCUCCAUGAAAGGAAAGUCUUUGUUUCCCGUUAAAGGAAUUUCAAGAAUUUAGCAAAAGGAUGGGGGGACUAGCGGGGCCUGGACUGUCCCUUUAUGCCUCUGUGUAAAUCCAGCCCUAAAGGUAAACCAAAUUUAGUCCUUUUAUAGCUAGUGACUUGGAUUGGAGUGGCCCAGGAGCAUGAGUUCAAAGGCUGUCCCUCAGAGCUAUCCUUUCCUCCCCGGAAAGGGUAAUAGGGUUCUAGCCCCAUUGCAGAUUCUGAUAACCUGAGUCAAAAUAGGUUUUGCUAGGCUUAAAGCUUUCCUUCUUUGACACAGUUAAUUCAGAAGUCUUCUUUCUGCCCUAUAAGCCCCCUGCUUAAGCAAAACUGAGCCUUUUCUCCUACCUUCUCCUGCCUAGUAAUCCAUGGUUCUAUUUUCUAGCAAUACUAAUAGUUUAUUAUUUAAUGAUGUGUAUUUGCAUCCUGCUCUUCCAUUUUUGACUUUGCAGAGUGCAUUCCUGUUUCAUACAUACCAGGUCACAGAAUGUUUAUGAUAAGAUCUCUUCUUUAAAUGCAUAUGUUCCUUUCAUUAGUGGAGAGAUUACAAGAGCUAUUUAACAACCCUUAAGGGUCUACAAUUGGGCUGACAUGCUGUGUUCACAAAUAAAUAUGCUAAGUGAGGCACUAUACAAAACAAGUUAAAAGUCAUAGACAUCCUUUUGUUUAUAACGGAAUCAUCAAAAAUAAAAAUAAGACAGCCUUUCAGGAUCGGUAAUGGUAAAAUACAAAGUUGGUAUUUGCACUGGCACAGUCUACUUGGUCAUAGAAAUUUGUUCAACAUACUUGGAUGGUGAGUUAGCUUUAUUUUUCCUUCUUCUCACCAGGGAAACUGAUAGAUUAAGUAGUUUGGGGAAUUUUCCCAUGGUCUGAUGUCAUGGGUUGAGCUAUAAAACAGAGCAUGGAACUUUAUGGACUAUUACCCACAAAAGCCAAAGUUACCCCUUUGAAAGAAGGAAGGAAAAGGUAUUGCUGACUUAGAUCAUAAAAAUAACUGAAUUUUAUAAUAAGGCAAAUGCCACAUCUCUACUUUCCUAUAAAAAAGUUGAGUUUACCUUUUUAUUUCAUUCUUUGGCAUGCCUGAGAUAUUUCUGUAUAACAACCAUAAAGUAUGCUUUUCCUCCGCAAUCCAAAAUGUUCUCCAGAUCCCAGUUCUUGCUGUCAUUUAAUAGGCAAGCACGUAUCUAGCACAUAUUUAUAGAUGGAUCAUACCUGAGGAAGUCCACAGAGAACAAGGGAUAUUUUCCCUAUAUUUGGGCGUGAAAUAUCACAUCAGUGUCUAAUUCUAGUGCUCCUACUUUUAAAAAAGAAAAGGGUAUGUAUAAUUUAAUCAAGUAGCAGAUGAACAGAAAAAAAUAAAUGUACGUAACUUUGUGAUGCCCCUAAAGUAAAGGUUUUGUUUUUGAGAAGCUUGAGUUUUAUUUUUUAUUUUAUAGAGACAUGAUUGAAAUGCACUUCAAUUCUAUUUCAAUUCAGGUGCUGCACACUUGCACUGGAUCUUUGGGGAUAGAAAAAUGAAUGGGACAUGAUUUGUGCACUCCAGGAGCUCAUGGGCCAAUGUAAACAUAAAAGCCAGAGUGCCGUAUUGUUGGGUUUUGUUUUUGUUUUUUUUUUUUUAAGUAUAUGUCAUAGUUUGUGGACCUCUCUCAUAUCAUUUGCUUAAUGAAAGGUUCUUACUAAAUCAACAGUAAUAUUGCCAUGCCAUGUGAAAUUUUUUGACAUUGCCAGUUAGUAACUUUAAAUCACCAAAAAGCUUUAACAUCAAAUGAUGCUCUUAGAAAGAGGAGACCUGGUGAAAAGCCUUCCAUCUCUACAUUUAGCCUGAGGUGUCCUCUAAAAAAGGGAACUAAUCUGAAAGAGACGUUUACACAUUUCUUAAUACUCUAAGUUUGUAGAUAACUGAUUUAAAUCAAACUUAACUAGAAUAGGAUUUGUGUGUCAAGAAUUAUACCAUCUAUUGCCUCGUAAGCAACACAAUAAUAUCUUGCUCACGAAAUUUGGCAACCAUUCAAUGAACCAAGUUAAGAACUCAGGUGCCUGAUGUCAAAAAUCAGAGCUGAGAACCCAGAAACAAAUAAAUAUAUACUGAAUAAAUGAUGAAAGUGACAUUCAAAUCAGUAGGCGAAGAAUGGAUGGUUCAAAAAUAGCAAAAUAGAUAUCUUAAAUAGAUGUCUUAAACAUCAUAACCAUUUGGAAAAAAACAACCUCAGAUCUCUAACUUACAAAAAUUAAUUCCAGCUAGAGUAGCAGUGAGUCUUAUGCUUUUUGGUCACAUAUUCCUUUUAGAAAUACCCCUGUGAAAAUGCACGUAAGCAAAAAAGUUUUAUAAGUAAGUUAUAAUGAGAUGCCUAACUUUAGCCAAAAAAAGGGAAAUGCACACUAAAACAUGAGAAACUAUCUCUGAUCCAAUUGGCAAAUAUUUAAAGUAAAUAUGAAUCAAGAUAGUGGAGAAACAAGAAUCCCACAUUGCUGGUGAGUAUAUAAAUGAAUACGGACACUUUUAAAGGCAAUUGAGUGGUAGCCAUUACAAUUUUAAAAUCACAUACUCUGUGACCCAAUAAUUCCAUUUUUUUUAAAGAACACACUUUUGUUCACAAGGUGGCUUAUGCAAUGAUGUCUGCUGUACCUUUGGUUAUAACAGUAUAAAAUUAGGAAAACCAAAAUACCCCUCAUCAAGAUGGAGCAUGGAAAACAUUAUAAAAUACUAGGUAUCAAUGAAAAGGAAUGAGAGUCCUACAUGCACUGACAUGGAAAGAUACAAUGUUAAGUUUUUUGAAGUUUAGGGGGAAAUCGAAGGACAAUACACAAAAUACCUAUGAUGCCAUUGAGGUUAAAACACAUACCACACAUCCACACACACAAAUACUGUAUAGUGUACAUCUUAAGUACCUAAGUGUGUAUUAUAAAAAUGUAUAGAGAAGGUCUGAAAGGGUACUAACCAAACCGUUCACAGUAGUUUGGUGGAGUGCAUUAGCUUUACCUGUAACGUUUGAUGUUUUUGAGUAUGCAUUCAUGUAUUGUUUGUGUAACGACAAAUUAAUAAAUUAGAAAUAAAAAUCAAA